AUGAGUAGUACAUCGGGUGAUGAAGGUGGACCUGGCGGUGGUGGUCGACGCGCGUCCGGUCGCGUCCGCACGGCGCCUGAACGACUGAAGCGUGAGUGUCUUCCACAUGACACAGAUAGGGUUCAGAUUGGAAGGUCCAUACGUACUCAUCGAUGGGUGGGAAUGGGUCGAGGAUGCUUACUACGAAUGUCCGACGCUGCGUGGGCGGCGGCUGGCUGCCCCUGCGGACGCGUCGAUGGCUUGACUUCGCGUGAUGGGACGCGUUCAUUGAGACCGCGUUGCACAACGUCACUCGCUAGCCUAUUGCCUGCGCCACUCCCACUUCAUCCCAGUCAUUAAUCCACCGAAUUGACUUGGACUGACUUGAGUGACUUUUGCUACAGCUGGAACGGCCACCGCAGCCAAGAACAAGCGCACGUCCACCUCGGAGCGCGACGCCAACUCCCAAGACGAGGAUGAGGAUGAGGAGAACGAGGAGGAAGAUGACGGCAUGCCCAGUGAGACCGAGUCUGAAGAAGAGGAUCAAUCCGAAGCAGAGGCAGAGGCGUUCAAGAGCCCUGGAAAGAAGAGGGUACCCCGGCCGAAGGCAUCAUCAGCCAAGCUGGCCGUCGCCAGCUCGGCCUCGAAACGCAAGCCGUCGACCUCCGCCCGUCGCGCCCCCAGGAAGAAGAAGAUUCCUGCUGAAGGCGAAGAUGGCCAAGCCGAAGGGUUUGCGCUCGGUGGUUUGGCGAAGGGCGACUUCAAGAUUAAGGAUGACAACUCCAUCUUUAGUCAGUCCGCUCGUUUUUGAGCUCGUCGACGCUUCAAUACCAGUCGACGUGCUGUGCUGACCUUGAGGUGCAUCUCCUCUCGAAACAACUGUGAACUUUUCAGAUGCUGUACGUGACCGAAACUCGGCCCUCGAAACGACCGUCGAAGACUGGUUCGAGCAGUACAGCGAGGAGCCGGGUCCUGCAAUGGCCGAACUGGUCAACUUCCUUCUCAGGGUGAGUGGUGGCUAGGAUCGUUACCAGGAUGACCAAGGCUGAGCCUAAGCUGAUUGAGCUACAAUCCCGUCUCCCAUCAGUCUUGCGGCUGCAACUCGAGCGUUGACGAACAUCAAGCUGUUGACGAAGAUGGUGUUGUCGAGACGUUGAGCGAUAUCCAGGACGAGUUCAAGAAUGUGCGCGCUACCGUAGGGCGAGAAGAUGAGCGCUCCUCGUUGAGUGUCUCACUGACCUCCUUGGAGUUUUCUCCUCGUAGGAAACCAGUCUGGCAUACCCGGUCGUUUCUCGCUCGGCGGCGUACAAGAAGUUCCGAGGUUCGCUCUCCACGUUCAUCUCCAAACUCUUCCAGUCCGCCGCGUCGUCCGAUGUUCUUUACGAGUCCGACUUCAGCAACGUCGUACUACCUUGGAUCGUCACCCUUUCAUCGUCCAAGAUACGAUCGUUCCGCCACACUGCCACCCUCUUCGGCAUGCAUUCGGUCGCCGGCCUGAGCGCAGCCCAUGCGGGGGUCAAGAAGGAGCACGCGACGGCGAACCGAGCAGUCGAAGCGGAGACCAGGAAGGCUCGCAAGGACAAGACCCGGCUGAAGGAACUGAAGAAGACGGCCGAAGCGAUCCAGAACAAGCAGCAACAGAUUGAAGUGACCAUCAAGUCGUUGUGGGAUACGUGAGUCGGGCCUUUGCUGCCAUACGAAGGUGUCCACCGCUCGAGGCUGACAAUCCCAGGAUGCGGUCCUGCUCAGAAUAUUUGUGAAUCGAUACCGAGAUACCGACGCGGGCAUCCGUAGCGAAUGCGUUGCCGCGUUUUCCGUCCUCAUCAAGAUCAACCCUGACUACUGGAUUGAUGGAAUGCACAUGCGCUACAUAGGCUGGGUGCUUUCGGAUGAGGUAUGUCAAAUUUUCGGCCAAAACGCAGCGCCAAGGAACCAUCAAUAUUGACCAUUAUGGCUUCUGUUCGAUUCUUCGUAGGCCAAGGAGCCACGCCGCGAGGCUGUACGCGCUCUGUUCUCACUCUACGCCAAGAAAGCCUAUAUCGGCGCUGUUCAACAUUUCACCGAGCGCUUCAAGGGGCCGAUUGUCCAGAUGGCGAUCGGCGACGUUGAUACAACGAUCCGAGUCCAGACCAUUCAAGUCUUGCGGCAGCUCGAGGACUACGGUCUACUCGACGAAGAUCAGAGUGGUGAAAUUGCCAAGCUCAUCUUUGAGACCGAGCCACGCGUGCGCCGCGCUGCGGCGGACUUUUUCAUCAGGGUCUGGACGGAGGAAGUCGCGGAACGCGAGAAGGAAAUCUCUACCGGACGAGAACCGAACGCCGCGGGCAAAAAGAAGGGGUCCGGAGUGCCCGAGGAGACGAAGAAGCAGAUCCGCCUCAAGACCCUGGCGGAGAUGUUGAUCAAGUAUGGCAACGCCAUCGAUGGCGUUGACGAUGGUGAGGAUGACGACGUGGCCUCGGGAGAUGGCGACACCGCCAAGGAGGCCGAUAUGGCCGAUGUCAAGACCCGCCAUGGUCGCGUCGCUUUCGCGGUCGAAGCCUUGUGGGACAAUCUCGACACUGUGCAAGAGUGGCAGUCCAUCAUGGAGUUUUUGCUCCUCGACCACUCGGGCGCCUCGGGCAAGGGUGGCCGCAAGGGCAAGGGCAGGGCGAAGCAACCUGCCGAAGGGGAUGAGGUCGAAGAAAGCUGCAAGCUCGUAGAAGAGGAGGAGUCUUUGCUCGUCGAGGUGCUCGUCGCUUCCAUCACACGGUUGAUCGCAGCUGCGCAAGCCACGUCCAAAAAGGUGAGCCCCGAUAUCCCAGCUCAUGGCGCUGGUGUCGCAGCUGACUCUGGCCAACCGUGCUGUAGGGCAAGGAACAAGAUGACGAGGUGCAAGCCGAUGUCACUCGUGCCGCAAUCGAAGCGUUGCCUCGCUUGUUCGCCAAGCACCAGAUGGUGUCGGCGAGGAUCAUCGACAUUCUUGCUAUCCCUCGUCUGCUGCUACUCGAUGUCUACCUCGACCUGCGCAUGGUCACGGCGUACGAAGGCCUAUGGGACGCCGUCACGACCCAGUUCUUCAAGCACUCGGAUAGCGACGUCCUCGAUCAAGCCACGCAGACGAUUAUGUAUCUCCGCAAGACUUCGAGUCUGGCCAACACCAACACGGAGAAGAUGGCCGGUCUGGAAGAGAAGCUGGUCUCGAUUUUGCGCGAAGUCGUUGUGGGCAAGGAUCUCGAGUCCGACGCCUUCGAAGAGGAUGAACUUCACGCCGUCACUGCCUGCUUUGCCCGGGUCGAUCGUCUCUACAAGGUCGUGGACCUCUCGGAAGCCCUUCAGAAUGACGACAAAGGCAAGCAGAAUAGUGUGAUGGAAAUUGUCGAGUCUGUCGUCGAGCGAGGUCGUCUCGGUUACAAGGACGAAGCGGCGAUGGUGCAACACGCCCUUUCUAUCCAAGGCACGUUCGUCAUGUGGGAGACGCUCUACUUGACGAAGAAGGCAGCGGAGAACGACCAAACCGACUAUGGUGCGAUUGCUUCCCUUGUCGAACGACGGGGCAACAUGCUCAACAAACUCGAAGAGUUCUCGGUUGGUCAGACGUCGAACGCGGCCGAGGGCGUCAAACAGAAGGCGCUCGUCAUCUUGCUCGAUGCUCACAUCCUCUCUCGCGCCAUUACCUCGGCUAAGUCCGAUCCCGACGGCAAACUCACUGAUCUGCGCCUGACGUGCUCGGACGAGUUACAGUCGCGCUGCGCCGGUGUCGUCGAAGCCGAGAUCGAGCGUCGUUGCGAAGAGCUGCAAGCCUUCCGGGCCCAAGACGACGAACAGAACGAAAAAAACAAAGAGGAGGCGGAUGGCGAGGAUGAUGAAGAUAGCGAUGAGAUGGACAGCGACGAGGAUACGACUCCGGGCAAGAAGAGCAAGAAGAAGGGCACGAGUGGCAAGGCCACAAAAGCCAAGAAGAAGGCGCCUGUCGCCAAACCCGCGCCGACCGCCGCCGAGCUCCGAGUCAAACGACUCAAGGAGCAGACCCGUCUAGUGGCGUCUCGCAAGUUCGAGCGUGCUAUUCUACCCUUCGUGCGUGCGAUGCACAGCGGCGUCAUUGAACUGCGGCACGCCGGCGUCAUCUUGCCUCACUUUGAGCGAUUCGGCCCCGUGUACGACUCGUGGUGUCGAUUGCUUAUCCAAGAUCUUCGUAACGAAGGAAUCUACGCCAGGUCGGGCGAACUUGUCGUCACCGUCAUCACGACGUGCCUGCAAACCGCAUGCGAGGUGCUGAUCGAUGCCGAGGCCAAGGUCUCGGACGAGCAACUCGUUGCAGUGGGUCGAUUACUCGCAACCGCGACCGCGGUGCGAGGAGCUCAGCUCGCUAUCGUCCGUCGUCUUCCCGCGGACGAACUCGUAAACUUGCACACGACCGCUCUACGCUACAUCAUCCGCAAAGUCGGGAACCUCGACCAAGCGAACAAGUCAACGGCUCGCAAUCGCGCUUUGUCCUACUUCAAAGCCCUGGCGCACCUCUUGCUCGGCGUUGAGGGUCGAUCGGCCCUGACGCUCAACUCUACACUCGAGUCGUUGCUCGAAGAGAACGAGAUCGAGAUCUCUCCGACGUCCAAGACGUGGGAACCGCUACGCUCGUACAAGAAGCGUUUGGUCACGGCCAUGUCGAAGGAUCCUCGGAUUCAGCAAGCUGCGGCGAAGAAGGCUGAGGCUGCGGCUGGAGAAAUCGAGGAUGUAGUGGUUGAAGAAGGCCAAAAGAAGGGCAAAGGGAAGAAACGUGCUUCGUCUGAGAGUGAUCACGAAGGUGACCUUGCUGAGGAUAGGGAUGAGGAGGAGGGAGAAGCGACGACUUCGAAGCGAAGGAAGGUUGAUCGUCGGAUGGGGGGAGAAGAAAGUGCUGAGGAUGACGAGGAAGAAGUGAGGUCGCUUUUGGUCGGGUCGUCGCCGACGAGUUCGAAGCGAGGCGCCGAGGACGAUGAAGAGAAUGCGGAGGAUGAGCGAAUGCAAGAAGACGGGGAUGAGGCUGCCGAAGAUGAUGAUGACAAUGUCUCGCUCGUGAGCCUUACAGAUGUUAAGACGUCGAAGCGUGCCAGGCGUUAG